UUUUUAUACUUUGCUUUUAUGAUAUAUGGUGCAAUUGAAUGUAUUUUUAUAAAAACAUUUUUGUUUAGUUAGUAUUUUGCACUUUAUUUAUUGAUUUUGUUAGAAGACAUGAAUAUUUUAAUUUAUUAUUUGGAUGACAUUCAUCAGGAAAAUGUUAUUGUGAGUUUAUCAAACGGAACUCAUACCUUAGGCAGAGGUGGCUUGUUAGAUGUAAAAGAUAAGAGAGUAUCUCGAAAGCAUGCAGUUGUCAAAAUUUCAGAACAUGUAGCUACACUAACUUCAGUUCACCAGAAUCCAUGUUUUUUCAGAGCAGCCUCAGGAAAAAAGAUAACCAUUUUAAACAGUGGCCAAAGCCAUGAACUUUUUGAUGGAGAUCAAUUCUCCUUGUUACCAGAUGCAUUAUGGUUUCAAAUUAAAAUUAACCAAGAUGUUCAAAUUGAGGAAAAUGCUUUGAAUGAAAAUUAUGUUCCUUCAAGCCUUGAACAUAAUAAUCUUUUAAAAAGACAAAAUGACAGCGAAUCUGAGUCUGCAAACUCCAAGAAAUCUCGGAUUGGUACCCAACACACAAGAAAUGUUCUAUUUUACAGAUUAGAUAAAAAAUCUGAUAAUGGAGAUCAAACAUCAAAAUUGUCUACUUCUACAACAGUGAGUCCUGAUUCCAAUGGGGACGAAAUUUGUGUUCAGGAUGUCCAUAGAGUCAAUCAAAAAACAGAAUUAACUGCAAUACCAACAACAAGUGUUAUAGAUAAUAUACAUAAUACUUCUAAACAGAAUAGUGCAAGAGCGUCUAAUGAUAUCAAGGACAAUGAAAUAACUUCGCUAGAAAUAAAACACGAGUCACUGGUAUUGGAUAAUUCACAGGAAAAAAACAGCAUGUCGCCUUUGAGAUAUGAAGAUGUACCAUCAAUAUCAGAAUAUAGUAGCAACCAAUUAGUAAAUCAUGCUUCAAUAAAGCAAGAGACAACUGAGGAAUUGAAAAUUAAAGAAGAAACAACAAUUGAGACUAAAAAGGGCACAACAGGAAAACAAGAUAUUAGUACCCCAUCAAGAAGUAGUCCAUGGGGAAGACGGGAUAGAUGUUGGUAUGGACCUACCUGUUAUAGGACAAAUCCAAAUCACCGUGAUCUCUUUAGUCACCCAGGGGAUAGCGACUUUGAUGAAGAUCCCAACGAUGAUCGACCUGCCUGCCCUUAUGGGAUUGCAUGUUAUAGACAGAACUUAGUACAUCGUCGGCAAUUUAAGCACCCCGCCAAACCUGCUCCAAAACCAAGUUCUCCUCAAUUACCAUUUCAGCAGCUCAAUAAGAAAGAUUUACGAAAAACAAAAAGGCAAAGGUCUAAUGAAAGUCCUACAGAUGACUAUGAUUUAGAUGAUCCAUUUCUAUGUGAUGAUUCCAGUGAUGAAUAUCAGUGCAGCGAGGAAAGUGAUAGUGAUACUGAUUCUCAAGAAUUCCAAGAAGACUGAUUCUUGAUGAAGCAAAAAAAUGAGCACCAUAACUGAUAAAAAAAAAUUAUAUAUUUUUAAGUUUGAAUAAAGUAAUAUUUCAAAUUGUUUUCAUCAUAGAGCAUCUCCUUACCUACGAGUAAAAAAAUCAUAAAA